AUGGCUGACUCGGACAACGCGACAAAGGCUCCCGAGAGCGACGCUCAAGAGCAGCAGCAGCAGCAGCAGCAGGCGGUGCCGCAGCCGCCCGCCCACGACGACGUCAAGACUGCCGAUGACGAUGCGGCGCAAGCAGAGCCCGUCGUCGGGGAGCAUUGCGUGUCAGACCGGCCAACUCCUAUCGGCCAGGCCGCCACGGGCGAGAUCAUCAAGCUCGACGACAUAGACGUGUACAUCUCCAAGCCCGCCGACUACCCGCACGCGCCGUCCCGCCUGCUCCUCCUCCUCACCGGCGGCACGGGCAUCCGCUCCACCAACAACCAGAUCCAGGCCGACAAGUUCGCCUCGACCGGCUACCUGGUACUGAUGCCGGACCUCUUCGGCGGGGACACGGCCCCCGCAGCGACGGCCAUCACAGACGACUCCACGUCGCUGCUCGAGCAGGUCAAGCUCAAGGCCGUGGAGGUGACCAAGUCCUUCAUGAUCGACAUGUGGCUGGCGCGCAUCACGGCCGACCGCGUCAUGCCCGUGCUGCACCGCGUCGUCGACGCCGCGCGCGAGCAGUACGCCGACGCCGUCAGCCAGGGCGGCGGCAUCUACGCCGUCGGGUACUGCGUCGGCGGUCGCUUCGUCCUGCUGCUCGCCCAGGAGUCGCAGAGGCAGGGCGCGGGCGACGAUGAGGAGACGGGCGCCCUCAAGAAGGGCCCGUACAUCAAGGCCGGCGCGGUGGCGCAUGCAGCGUCGGUUGUGCCCGACGACUUCAAGGACCUCAAGGUGCCGCUAAGCUUGGUCUGCGUCGAGAACGACCCGCUGUUCCCAGACGCGGUGCGCGCGGCGGGCGAGGACGCCAUGUCCAACGCCAACCUCGAGCACGAGGUCCAGGUGUAUCCAGGUGUGCCACACGGCUUCGCCGUGGUGGGCGCAUAUCAAGACAGCGCCAUCAGCGACGCGCAGGCAACGGCCUACGAACAGAUGCUCAAGUGGAUUCAGGAGCACUGA